UAGGAAUGUCCAUUUUGAAUCUAUAAACAUGAGGAAUGUCCUUCACUGGUCAGCACCAGAAGGCACAGGAGAUGGAGUACUCUACAGGGUGAAGUAUUCAGUAUAUGGUGUUGGCAAAUGGAUUAAAAAGCCAGAAUGCAAGAAUAUCAACAGAACCUGGUGUGACCUCUCCAAUGAGACCUCUGACUACGAAGAACAAUACUAUGCGAGCGUUAAAGCCUUCCUAAAUGGGAUGUGCUCUGACUGGAUUGAGACCACACGAUUCAACCCUCUUACAGACACUAAAAUUGAUCCACCCAUGGUAAGUGUGUCUUCCACUGAGAAAUCUAUUUCUAUCAUUCUGACUGCUCCUGAGAAGUGGAAGAGAAGUCCUGAGGGAGAGUCGAUCUCUCUGCUUCAAGUGUAUCCUGGCCUGCAAUACAACGUGUCUGUCCUCAAUAAGAAAACAAAAAAGCGGUGGUUCUUCUCCGUCAGCAACAACACCUUGGUUGUGCCCUGGUUAGAACCUGGAACAGCUUAUUGCGUCAGCGCGCAGAUACAUGUCACUGCACCGCUUUUGCACAGUGGGUUCUCCAAAGAACAUUGCAUUGCUACUUUGAAAGAUAAAACAGCAGAUGAGACUAUCACAAUUGCAUUUGGAUAUGUUCUGCCUAUCAUGCUGGCUGUCCUUUUGAUUUCAAUGACGUGCUAUUGUGUGCACAGGUACAUUCACGUCAGCAAACAGAAACAUCCAACAAACCUGGUAUGGCGCUACACUGAUAAAUGCAAGGAAAGGGUUUUCAUACCAUGUGAAAAACUAGUGGUCAACCUUAUCUCUGUUAACAUGGAUGAGUACAAGCCAUCUCAGGAAUGCAGUCAUCUAUCAGAAAGGAGAAGUCCCUGUUACUGUACUGUUUACAGUGGCACUGAAGAGAAGGAUUUGCCUUCAAAAGAAGUGCUGGAAACAAAACACUUGCUUGAUAUUUCACAUGGAGAGAUUUCACACAAAGUGGAAAGCGACCAAAUUGGGAACUGGCCAUCUUUCGGCCAAACUGGAACAAAGAAUACUUUGAGACAGAAAAAUGCAGGGACUGUAGAGUAUGAGCACGAUGUAAGGGCUGAAGACUUCAGUCCUGGUCAGAAACUAGAAGACCUCAGUUUGAAAGAGAAGACCUCUUCCCCUGGGAGGCUACUAGGGGAGCCACAGAUUACUUUGGGGGACUUGGUUAAUAUGAAAACAGGACAGCCGUAUUGCCCUCAACUAGAGGUGAGGGCAGCCGACCCUUGUUUGGGACAGAAUAUAGAGGAACUUGAUUUGAAGAUGGUUGAUGCAGAUGAAUUGCCGGGUGAGACACAUAUCAACUUGGUGGACUUGGGUACUGAAAAAUCUGGGCAGACAUCCUAUCCUCGGCUGGAAAAAAUAGCACAGGGCCUCACAGAGAAAGACAGUGAACAGACCAUAUUAGUAGAUUGGGAUCCUCACACUGGAAGACUGUAUAUUCCUACCUUGUCCAGUGUUGAAAAUCAGGUGUGUGACGGAGUAUUCAGAUGUGAUGAUCCUGACAAAGAGGGAAUUUUGUCCAGACUGUAUGAGGAAGAGGUAUCUGAUGAAUCAUCAGAGGCCCAACAAAUGUACCUCCUGCAAUUCAAGGAGCAAUGGGGACUGCAUGUAGAAAUGGAAGACUGA